AUGACAUCUUUCUCACCCAACUCCGCAAACGAUAACCGCGGCGGCGAGGUGAAGAACCUCAGAAGUAAGCAAUGCCAGGUGGCAGACACCUCAAAUUUCGGCUCUACAGCCGGCAUCCCACAAGUCGCUCAUGGUCUCCCGGGCGCUUUGGAUCCCUAUGAUGCUGCCGGUCAAUUUUUUGCAGUCUACGGUGACAUGCAAAGUUUGGGAACCCAGCUCGAAUAUCUGGACCAGUUCCAGAGCUCAACCAAAACCUAUACUCCAUCCGACCUACUCCCUAACUCGUUUCCCCGAAGCCAGUCCGAAACUUCGGGUCUAUCCCAAGCCCAGUCUCGUAAUUCGACCGGGACAAACCUUUGCGCUCUGACAGGUUCAAAAGCGAAGCGUUCUCGCGAGCGCAACCGCGUCGCCGCGCGGAAGUGUCGACAGAAGGCGAAGGUUAAUACGAACGAACUCCGGGAACGCGAGAGGAUAGAAAGUCAGCGGAACCAGCUCCUAUCGAACUGUGUUGUCUCUCUUCGGGGUGAGGUUAUCAACCUCAAGAGUGAGAUUCUCCGCCAUAGCGAUUGCAACAGUAAAGUGAUACGAGAUUAUAUCCAGAAGGCAGCUUGCGAUAUAAGCUCCGACGAUGUUUGA